AUGACGUCGUUUGAUAUCAACCUACGGUAUUUCACUUUAAUUCUCCUCAUUAAUUUUGCCUUAUCAAAUGAAAAUAAUUUCUUCAACACCUCUAUCCACAAUUUUAAUCUCGAUCUUAACGAACCGCAAACAAAUCAUUUUCUCUCAAAGAAGGUGUGCGCAUACAAAUCCAUAGAUGUUUCCUGUUUAUCAGAUGCACUCUAUCGAACAUUCGAUGGAACAUGUAACAAUCUUCAAAAUCAUUGGUGGGGCUCGACAAAUAUUCCGUUCCGACGAUUAACACGAGCAAAUUAUGCUGAUGGUGUAUUUUAUCCUCGAAAUCUCUCUGUGACUGGAAAUCCAUUAGUCUCCCCGCGUCUUAUUUCCAAUCGAUGUUCCAACGAGCUUGUGAAUAGCAAAGAGCAUUCGAUCAGUUCAUUUUUUACUGCAUUUGCUCAAUUUAUUGACCACGAUCUAUCGAGUGCAGCCAAUGGAAAAGACGAUGAAGGUCAAGUAAUCAGUUGUGAAUGUCAAGAGGCGAUCCCCAAUCCAUUUUGUUUAAAUAUUCCGACACCAGACAUGCUUGAUCAACUCUGUAUGGUUUUCGCACGUUCGUCUGCACCUUUCCAAAAGGAAAAAGCUUGUCAACUUUUCGUUCGCGAACAAGUCAAUCAAAUCAAUUCAUAUCUGGACGCAUCAAUGAUUUAUGGAAAUAACAAAAACAAGGCUGACGAACUUCGAACGUUUAAAAAUGGCCAAUUAAAAACAACCGAUCGAGAUUUACCACCACAAGCAUUGUCAGGAAAAGAAGGAAAUGCAUGUCGUGAUGCGAAAACGGGUCGCGGAUGUUUUCUUUGUGGAGAUUCUCGUUCAAAUGAAAAUAUGGGUUUAACAUCACUUCAUACAAUUUUUAUUCGUUUACAUAAUUCAAUCGCAACAUCAUUAUUAGAAGUCAAUCCAACUUGGUCAGACAAUAUUCUUUACCAUGAAACACGUCGAAUCAUAAUUGCGGUUUUACAAAAUAUUGUUUACAAGGAGUUUCUUCCAACAUUAAUUGGUCCAUCAAGAUCAGAUUUUGGAAUUUAUCAAUACGAUCCAUCAAUUGAUGCCACAAUAUCAAAUGAAUUUGCUACAGGUGCAUAUCGUUUUGGUCAUACGUUAGUCAAUGGUUUUCUUCGACGUUAUAAUAAUCGACAUGAAUUACUUGAUGAACUUUCAUUGGCUGACUUAAUAUUUCGACCUGUCGAAGCAUAUAACACACAAAUGGGCGGAUUAGAUUCAUUCAUAUUCGGUCUUUUACUAACACCAGCUGGAAAAUAUGAUUCGAUGUUUAGUAAUGUUCUACGAAAUCAUCUAUUCGAAGCCAAAAACAUGACUCAACCAGUUGAAACAAGACGAUACGAUUUAGCUGCUGUGAAUAUCAAUCGAGGACGAGACCAUGGCUUACCAACUUACAAUGUCAUGAGACAAGUUUGUGGUCUUCGUUAUGCUACAUCAUUCAAUGAUCUCACUGAUACGAUGGACUUUUCAGCUAUCCGUCGACUUGCUUCCGUUUAUUCACAUGUUGAUGACAUCGAUCUUUAUAUCGGUGGCAUAUCUGAACGUUCCGUUCCAAAUGGAAUUGUAGGACCGACGUUUGGUUGCAUAAUUGGAGAUCAGUUCAAUGAUAUACGUCGAGGCGAUCGAUUCUUUUAUGAAACACAAAAUCCAACGAUUGGUUUUACUUCAGAUCAAUUGAAUGAAAUUCGUCGGAUUAGUUUAUCAAAUAUUCUGUGUCAAACAGUGAAAGAUAUGAAUGAAAUACAAAUUGAUGCAUUAAGAAUGCCGAAUCCUAUUAACAAUCAAUAUGUAUCUUGUUCAUCGUUAUCUUUUAUCAAUUUCUUGUAUUGGCGAGAAUAA